AUGGAUUUGAAAAUGAUGUACCUGAUAACGGCCGCCGCGACCGCACUGGAGAACUGCUUGCUUCCCCUGCUCGUCCACGGCUUCUUCUGGAUCAUCUAUGGUGCACUGGGACAGCUGCUCGACCGGUUGCUAACAAUCUCUCAAAGAGCGGAAGAGGUGGCCCGCUACGCGCAGACGACCCAGAUCUCCAACUUUGCGCUACGCAUCGCCGGCGACCGGCUGAAGUUCGACCCGGAUCUUAAUGAGUUUGAGGUGGAAGUGCGCGAGAAGAAGCUUGGAGAGAUGGGAGCCCCAUACACGAAGCAGACGCUCGUCUACACGAAGAAACCUCUCCCGCCCGCACCACCCGCCACCCCGAAGACGCCCAAGAAGAAGACCAAGGAGGAGGAGGAGGAGAAAAAGGAGGAAGAGAAGAAAGAGGAGGAAAAGAAGGAGGAGGAGAAGAAGGAGAAGAGCGAGAAAAAGUCAAAGGAGGAGAAGAAGGAGAAGGAAAAGAAAGAAGAAGAGAAAAAGGAAGAGGAAAAGAAGGAGGAAGAGAAGAAGGAGGAGGAGGAGAAGAAGGAGAAGGAGAAGCAGGAGGACAAGUUCAAGAAGCCGGAAGACACGCUUAUGGGCAUGGACAACGACGUGUUCGGCCCGAACAAGGGGCCCGAGAAGAAGAAGUUCAAGGCCCCCGAGAAGGUCAACAAGGCCGACGCCAAGGACCCGCAGUACGAGACGCUGGCCCACCUCGACACGAACAUCUUCGCCAAGGUGAACAAGGCGGACGCGAAGGAUCCGCAGUACCAGACGCUGGCCAACGUCAACGACGACAUCUUCAAGAAAAAA